CUUUGAAGAAGAAAGGACACUACAUAGAAGCGAGAGUGGCCUUUCGAGACGAUUUUCAUUUAACAGAGAAAAAAUUCGAUGAAGGACAGGCUGACGUGUCGGAACUGAUGGCCAGUAUACAAUGUAUGGGCGAAAUAAACUUCGCGUUGGAGGAAUACCAAGAAGCGCUCCAGUGGCAGUACAAACAUUACGAGCUAGCGGACCAUUUGGGCGACGUUGAAGAGAAAGAGAGGGCUCUGACGCAACUUGGAAGGACUCACUUGGAGCUGUACGAAAGUCACAGGGAUGAGGCAGAAGGCGUGGAGUACCUGGAAUCCGCUGACGUGUUUUUCACGCGCUCCCUUACGCUGUGCAAGGACCACAUUGAGGACGACAGGGAUGAGCAUCUGGGCAAUGCGUACAACAACUUGGGCCUGGUCGAACUACUCAAAGGUAACUUGCAAAAGGCCAAGCAACUGCUCAACAAGGCGCUUGUCCACUGCAGUGCCUGUUCCACUCGACCCAAUGCCAUGGAGCCUCUCUCCAGAGUUUUCAACAGUCUGGGCCAGCUGUACGCAGCCGAGGGCAAUCAUGAGAUGGCUCUCGACAGCAUGCGUAACGACAAGGCAAUCUGCAAGCAGAUCGGUCACGUUCAGGGAGAAGCCAAAGCUUGUCUGAACAUAGGCCAGCUUCACUGCGAAUUCGACCACUUCGACGAGGCCAUCGCCAGCUUCGAGGAGGCGCUCCUACUAGCCAGAUCCCUACGAGACGAGACCUUCCUCAUCAAGUCCGUCGAGGAGGACCUCAAACUGGCCUUGUUGCUGAAAAAGGGAGAAGAAGACCUCAAGGCUGGACAAGCCGAGCUGGCGAACUUAGAAAAAAUGAGACCUGACGAAGCAAGAUGGGGUGGUGGUGGUGGUGGGGGUGGUGGCCGAGGUGUUGACGUCAACAGCGUGCAAUGUGAGCGAAAGCUUUUGCUGAAACUGGUGACUUGUGCAGAGAAUCUGGAGCGCUGGGAACAGAUGAAGGCAUUGGCCAGCAAGUUGGUUGAUUUGGAGAGAGCAGUUGGCGACAAGUCAGGACUUUGCGACGGGCUAUCUUUGUUAGGCAUCGCUUAUGAAGAAUUGGGGAGUUACAAAGAAGCUGUCAAGUGUCACAAGGACACUCUUUGGUUAGCAAGACAGAUUGGAUCCAUUGAGGUGUUGGGGCGGGCACUGGGCGGGGUUACAGGACGUGCAGAAGUCGGUUGGGAGAUGGGAGUCAGGGAGGUGUCUUUGGAAGGCGUAAACCUUGAGGGAAAACCAUACGCCAAAGGUUUGCCACGUGUCAUCCGGAUAUUUGAGGUUCAUCAAGAUCAAGUGACAACCAUUCCUCCAGGCGCCGAAUUGCUGGGUUCUUCAGGCAGAACCCCUGUGGAGAUGUUUGCUGUGGGCAAUCAUGUUCUUGCGAUACAAGGCCAUCCAGAGUUCAGCAAGGAGAUUGUGGAGAAGUUCAUCCAGCUUCGAGUCGAAGCAGGCAUAGUACCUGUAAUGGAAAUCAGGGUCGGCAAAAACAGGCUCGGAGGUACUAGUGGUGUUGGUUUCACGGCUGUGAUGUCUCGAAGGCCAUCAGACUCAUACAGAGCCGUGAACAAAAUGUGGAAUUCCAGAUGCUUUGUCGUCAAGGCCAAGAUCCCCGAAAAGGCAUUCCCAGAUUGCAUUGCCGCACCCAACGGCUUCAGCUACUCUGACUAUGUCGAUGCACUCUGGGUAAUUGUAGAAAUUGCUGAGGGUCGUGAGCUUGAAACGCGGGCGCGCAUUCGUCGGCGAGGCAACACAAUGGAACUGCUGCUGCGGCGAUUUGUGGCCGAUCACCAGUUCUUAAGAUCAGCCCUGCGAGGAAUUGCGGUCGUUCUCUCUCAUGGUGCUGACCUUGGAACUCCAACUCAGCGCCGGCUUGUUGUUUUGUUAGACAGCGUAAAGAAGCUGCAUUUACGCCGUAAGAAGGCGGCCAGGCGGAAGGUGAAUCGGGAAGAGAGCGUUCCUGAGACACAGCCAGGAGGAGGUCUAUCGGAAAUAGAAGACGAUGAAGUUCUGGAUGCCGGUGGCAGUACAACUACUGCGGCGCGUGAUCGAGCAUACCUUCGGCGCAAGCGACAAGUGGGCAGGCAGGGACAAAAGCCUCGGCGGGCAAAGAAGGCUGCCGAUGUCGUGUACGGAAGUGCUGUGAGGAAUAAACGGAGACCGAGCGUUCCCAGUCGUACAGAAGCAGUGGACCAUGAAUCUGACCAUGAAUCUGAUCCUUAUGCGUUUGAAACCGCUGACGAGCAUGGAGACAAAGAGAAUGUCGUUGCAGGACAGAGACAGAAUGCUAAGGAGAAGGAGGGAAGAGUCCAGCAAUCCACCCCUAGGAGGAACGACAAGCAGGCUCGAGGUUCAUCUGGAAGAACCUCCACCUCGCCUACUUUCAACUCGCACUCCACAGGGCUAGAGUCAUGUCCGCUGAAGCGCAGAAGAGGCUUUCAAAGUACCCCAGGGCAAUGACGGGCAUGUCUCCGUUGUUUGUUGCAGAGAAGGCAGCAUCAUCUCCGCUAACCAUCAGGCGACAUCAAGGUCCUUGAGAAGAUACAUCACUCCCAAGCGUAUAGCGCCGUUUCAAGUUUCAACAUGCUCUUGCUUGCCUGUGUGAUAUCCGCUUGUAUCGUACUCUUCUUUCGCAGAGACUUCUCACAUGUGUCGCGUCCGCACUACGCUUCAAUUGCACACACACACACACACACUCCUCAUCUUUCCCUGCAUUCCCUUUCUCUCUCUCUCUCUCUCUCUCUCUCUCUCUCCCCUUUGUAUUGAUUUGCUUUCUUGUAGGCACAUACAGUCUUAGUCUGCACUGGCUUCAUUUCUUUUGCUCCCCUAUUAUUUCUCCUCCCUGAAAAAAUUGUCAGUAGAACUCACUAUGACUGUUUGCCGUGCAUUGCCUUGCCUGAAG